AUGAGCAAACCACUCGAAGGUUUCUGGAUUAUGGACGUUGGCAGUGGUGGAGGCAUUUUAUCAGAGCCUCUGGCCAGACUCGGGGCUUCUGUGGUCGGACUCGAAGCCUCUGAGGAAAGCAUCAAAGUAGCCCAGACUCAUCUCAUCAGUGAUUCAGCAAUCAGAGACAGGAUCAGAUAUGUACAUGGGACAGUUGAGGAGGUUGCUGAAAGCCAAGCUGGCAAGUUUGAUGCUGUAGUGGUCUCAGAGGUCCUAGAGCAUGUCAGUGAUGCCAGUUUGUUUGUGACAUAUGCGUGCAAACUCGUCAGGCCAGGCGGGUCGAUAUUUUUCACCACAAUAAACAAGACGCAACUUGCCUACUUGUUAGGAAUUGUGGUGGCGGAGCAGAUUCUCCAUCUGGUGCCGGCGGGGACGCAUGACUGGGAGAAAUUUGUGCCACCAGCAGACUUGCAGGACAUGCUGGAGAAAAACAACUUUGUGACCCGCCUCAUUCAUGGCAUGUGUUAUAACCCUCUCACAAAGCGAUGGUCUUGGGUCAAGGACACCAGUGUGAACUACGCCCUACAUGCAGUGAAAUCUCCUUCAGCAGAGGGACAGGAAGGAGAUAUCUGGGCAUCACAGGAUAGCACCAAGUCUCCGACUAAAUAA